AUGGGCCUCACCAACGCAGAGGAGGCCACAGUGGGAGCAGCGGACAUAAUAGAUGAUCCCAGCAGAUUCACAGCCCUCACUCGCACUCCCCCGUCCCGCCCCGUCCUUGCCCCGCGCGCCCGUCGGCCGCACGCCCGGGCAGCGCGCGCCCCCGCCUCGGCGCCGCGCCGGAGCGGCCGCCCGAAGCGGUGCCGAUGUGGGCGAGGGAGCGGGCGGCGGCGGCGGCGGCGGCGGGCGGAGGGAGCUCAGUGCGUCGGCUCAGAGCCAGCAGUGAUGGGGAAGAGGCCGGAGCCGAGGAGCGGGGGAGGCUGCCCCGAGCCGCCGCCGUCACCCAGUCACAGACCCAAUGCCUGCUGCUUCUGCUGGUGCUGUUGCUGUAGCUGUUCCUGCCUCUCCGCACGGAAAGGUGAGAGGGAGGAGAUGAUGGGACGACCCACAGAGGAGACCAGAAUGGAGACUACGGUGGAGACCAUCGAAUCUGCAGAGGAAAGCACUGGAGCCCUGCCUUCACUGGAGGAGAUCACGUCAUGGACACAGGGCUUCGACAAGGUGAUGGGGACGGAGGCAGGGCGCGAGAUCUUCCGCCAGUUUCUGCGGACGGAGUACAGCGAGGAGAACAUGCUCUUCUGGCUGGCCUGUGAAGAAUUCAAAAAGGAAAAAAACUCCAAGGUGAUUGAGGAGAAGGCGCGGAUCAUAUACGAGAACUUCAUCUCCAUUCUCUCCCCGAAAGAGGUAAGCCUUGACUCUCGGGUGCGGGAGAUUGUCAACAGGAACCUGAUGAAUCCGAGCCCUGUCAUGUUCGAGGACGCUCAGGUCCAGAUCUACAGCCUGAUGCACAGGGACUCCUUCCCCAGGUUCCUCAACUCCAAUCUGUACAAAUCCCUCACGGCCAAGCCGAAGCCCUCGCCUGACGAUGCCACUCCUACUGACCAGAGCUAAUGGCAAUGCCUCCCCUCCCCGAGAGCAAGAAAUGAUGGGGCUCAGAUGUAGGUUUACUCAUGGAAACUACCCUCCACACCUCAUAAACCUACAUCGCUGUCCAGAUGUAUUUCACACACACAUCACUACCUACACCAUUGUCACACACAUCUCCACACACCCAUACAACCACCACCCAUCUAGUCGGCAUUACACACAUCACCAGCCACCCCUACCCAAACCUUUAUGUCAGCACAGUUACAAGCAUACUAAUAUGUACAAAUCAUCACGUACAUAAAAGUGAGCACACACACACACAUUACAAUACAGCAUCAUCGCUGUCAUAUAGCAAGUAUAUUCAGCAGUGUUUUCACAAGCUUUCAUUUAAAUGUGCCCUCAAGCUCUCUCUCCCACCACACACUCAGUCUUGUUAGUCUUAUACACACACGCAAAGUUUGAAAGUCUCACAUACAUGCACACACACUCUGUCUUGUGUCUGACAACACAAACAUGCAUAUUCUUGCGCGCGCGCGCGCG